AUGCCCGUUAAUCGGAGCAUCCAGCAAAACUUAAUACUGAUCAAAAACGAUCCUUCGAAAAUCCUAGGCUUAACGAUUGGCAUUGGCAAACACAAUCCACAACCAGGAGACUACAUCCCCGAGGUCGACGCUCAACCUCCCCCAGAACUCUCGUUCAAGAGCUUGAAUCUAAGUCUUGACAGCUCGAAAACCUACAUGGUUGUCGGCCUCGACAUCGACGCACCAUUUCCUUCCUUGGACGUCCUAGGUCCGAUCCUCCACUGGAUUCAACCGGACUUCAAAGUCGACAAAAACUCGCUAUUUCUCAAGUCCGCUGAGCCCUUUGUCGCCAAUUACAUUAGUCCCGGUCCACCACCGGGUAGUGCACCACAUCGAUACAUAUUCUUUCUUUACGAGCAGCCCUCUCAGUUCGACGGGAAGAAAUACGCUCCUCCAGGCGGCAAGAAGCUGUCGAAUUGGAAUCGAAUGAGGUGCAGUUUGGAUGAAUGGGAGAAGAAAGCUGGACUCGAUUCCGUGUUGGCUGUUAAUUACUUCAAGAGCGAUUGA